UCGCACGUUCCAAACAUUGGCCACCCUCUGUUUUCCUAGCCAGAUUACACCAACGACGACGACGACGACGUCGACGACAGCCCAUACCAUGGAACGAUAGAAAACCGGCGCGGCGGCGGAGAGCCGCGCGUUAUUGGGUUAUUUGGCCUGCCUAGUGCCUGCUGGGAGCUGAUGGGAUGCGUCGUCGCCGUCGUCGUUGUGCGCGGGUGGUGGGUGGUGGGCGGUCGGUGGUGGGUUGUUGGUUGGUUGGUCUUUCGUACACGCGACCGCGUCUUCCCGCAUUCAGUCUGGAUCGUUCUCUCCGAGUGUAUCGGUGUGUCGCCAAACCGCUUCGUCGUUAUCGUCGUGGUCUUUGCCGCUUGUCUGCGACGGUCGAUUCCGGAUUUUUUUUUGUUUUCGGGGAAGAUUGGAGUUCUUUUGGACGCGCUGCUCUCGAUCAGCUGUUGGAUGUGAGGCCACAGUUGUAGUUUCACAAGUUACAGUGUACAAUUACUAAUGGAUUGGUGACGCAAAAAGGAAAUAGCCGAACCUAGUCUUAGCACGCGUUGUGGGUGGCGAAACAGCAAGCGUCGUACGCGUACCCAAAGGAAGAAGAUCUUGAUCUUCGUUACGGAUGCGAAGCCUGCAGCAAUAGUGAGUGAAUGGGCAAACUCUUUCAGCUAGAAACAUUCAAGUGCAGUUUCGUUGGCGCGCCAGUGAACCAGUGAGUUUACCGAGCCGGAGAAUUGAGUUGAAGUGUUGAAAUAAAUAUAACAAUAACAAAUAUAAGGAAUACCCCGCGCACGGAUGGAACCCUUCCGAACGGGGUUUCAAUGCAAAAUCUAAUCACAGCGCCAGUUCCAAAAUUAAACCUACACCGCUCCUGAAAUGUGCGCACUAUAGAAGAGAACCCGUCGCUUAGCUAGUGCUGAAGGAGGAAACCCGGAGUGCACCCGUAGUGAAGUUUACAACUUUUCCAGUCCAGGAAGCAAUCCAUCGACCGACAUGGUGAAGAAAGUGUUCUAUAGUGCAAUGCCAGCCGAGUGGAAGUCGUAGUCAUAGUCAAGUUUCGAUUGUCCGCCCGAGACCUGCUGUUGUGGUGAACAAGUGGCCUAGUCGAACGUCAAGAAUCAAGUCUCAACGGGCAAAGCAGCGUGGUUUUCCUCGUGCCGUCGUCGACGUGCAAGACGACGAGUUUUCUAAGUCAAGGUCAUUGGAGGCAGUGUGACCGACCGACACAGUGCAGUGUGGAAACUGGAAGAAGUGAAGAGCAGCGGAAUUGGUUGGUCGAUUAGUAGUGGGUGGGACGACAGCUGUGCAUAGGACUGUAUUUCCUUCCCCACACACACACAUAAAGUGAGUGAAGAAAAGUCGGAGAACGGGAAACCAGUGCCAAGAAUUGGGAUCGUAGCAUCGUAGACCAUCGAGCUCUACACCAUACUGAGUUUGCCUCGUAUUUUAACUUCAUCGACACUCUGUUCGGAUAAGCUCUGAGUUAUCUGUGAAUGUGCAAGUUAUUUUUAGUUUGAUCAGUGUUUCUGUUAUUCUACCUUUUAUUAUCUUUUGUUAUGUUACCAUUGAAAACAUAAAUAAAUUACUACAAGUUACAAUUCAAUAGUGUUUUUAGUGUUUUAAGUGCUCUUAAAGUGUGUUCUAAGUAGUGACAUCACGCUGCAUCAUCAUGACGGAACGGUUCAAGGUGACCAAAUCGGCGGCACCGCUGGACGAAGAGGCUGCAGCGGUCACCGGCAAGCUGCUGUCCUCCUCUGAGAAGCAAGGUAAUUUUCCCACCCAGUCUUACAGCUAGUGAGUAUUUAUGUAUAAAUGAUAAAAAGUGAACUGUAGACCCAAUAUAUUUUAUCCCAAGAGUAACGUUAUAUAUCACAUUCCUCGUUCCACAAAAUUUGGUAUGCACAGUAGAGUGGGACACCGAAAGACAUUUUACUCCUGUACACUUUUUGAGUUCCUUUUUGGUCCCACAUCAACUGUGCAAAAUUUCAGCUCGAUCGGAGAAACUAUAUUUUAGCGCCAGCCAUUUAAAGUUUUCAUACGAUUUACUAUGGGGAAAAUCACUUUUUCAAAGAAAAAUCGCCACAGGUUGUUCCUUAACCCCUAAAAAUAAAUCGAUGAAUGAUUUCUGUUGGAAAUUUUACAAGGAACCAACUCUCUGAAGACCGCAAAGCGAUCUAAGGCAUGUGGAAAAAGUUAUUAACUGAAAACCGAAUGGCAUGCUAAUGCUGUUUAACAUGUAAGGAAUAACAAUAAAUAAUAAAAUCUGGUCAUUUUACCGAUCGGGAGAGGCUUAAUAACUUUUUCCACGAACGUCGCAUCGGUUUGCGGUCUUUGGAGGUCUGAUUCCUCGUGAAGUUUUCUACAGAAAUCAUUCAUCGACUUAUUUUUAGGGAUCUAGGGGUAACUCCUAGCGAUUUUUCUUUGCAGAUGUAAAAUUUCCCCAUAGUAAAUCGUAUGAAAAACUAAGAAUGGCGGGCGCUAAAAUAUAGUUUUUCCGAUCGAUCUGAAAUUUUGCACAGUUGAUUUGGGACCAAAGAGGAACUCAAAAAGUAUACAGGAGUUAGAGUUUUUCCAUUUUUUGUAUUUUCCCAUAUAAACCGUGUACCAGGCUAAUGCACAGUCUGCAACACGAUGGUUUCCAACUUGUUUACCAGGAGGGUACCAGGACAAGCCUCGCACCAUAUAUUGGGUGUUCGCUAUCAUAUCCAGACCGGCGGCGGCAGCGAAUGAGAUGUGUUCGUUCACACAUAGGCAAGGGCCGAGGAAGUUGCCUGUAGUACAACCUCUAUCGCAUUUGCUGCGACGACGACGUCCUUGCCACGCGCGCGCUCGCAGAAGAGUAAUUCGAAUUUGAGUAUGCCCCAAUAGUUGUCGGGUGACUUGUUUACAGGAAAUUUAACAUUGCUAGUGUUCCUAUGCGAAAUGGGUGAUAACGGAGCGCGGGGGUGUUGGUGAAAACGACGAGGACGACAACGAUGGCAGAAGGAUACUUCCGGUGCAUUGCUUGGAAGCGAUCCAACAAACUGGAUUCUGUAAACAGUGCAGGAUGAGACUGGAUGCAGCGUUUGGUUCAUAACUGGGUUGCAAUGUUCCGUUUGGUAGAAUCGUUUCCAUAAUUUAGGCCCUAGAGAUAGAAUCAUUAUUUGACUUAUAACAAUUCCGAAUAAUCCAGAGUACAUAACAAAUUUAGAGUUUAAUGCCAAAGAAGGGUUAAGAAGUGUUAUUCCUCUGAAAUUCACACAAUCUACUUGAUACCAUGCUUGAUACCCUUUUUAUUUUUUGUAUCUGUAUUAACGAGAUUUUUAACCCUAGGCUAAGUUCAUCUUUGGACCCACGCUUCACUUCCCUUCCGAGGAAGAACUCACAUUUUCGCGAGUUUGUCGGGAGUGGGAUUCGAUCCCAGGUCCUCGGCGUGAUAGUCAAGUGUUCUAACCAUCACACCAGGUGCACUCCCCAAUACCCUUUCUUAUAUAGAGUGCUUAUGAUACCACCGAACCAACUAGCAGGUGGUUAUUCUUCAAUAUGAUACGAUGUAAGAGUUGAUGCAGCUGCUCACUACCGUGCUUGCGAAGCUCGGCCAGGAGUUCGUCCUUCUCAGCAGCUUUGUUGUUCUUUAGCCCUCUAAUGACUGUCUUGACCUCAUCUGGCGUUGGAGGUUCCACAAACUGUCCGUCGUGUCGUCAAUUUGAAUUCUGUCUGUCGCUCUUCCAUUCCCACCGUUUUACAAUUUCUGGAAUUGUUCUCUGCACCUGGCAACCACCAUUAUUGUUUUGUCUGUCAGUAAGUUUCCAUUACGGUUGUUGCACAUGACGGGAGAAGGCGCUGCUUUUCACCGCACUCUAUUUACAGUUUCGUAAAACCUGCGCAUAUCAUUCAGUUCCAUACUCUCCUGUGUGGCACGGUAAAGGGGGUAUGCUGCGCAAUUCAGAUUCCAUUGUGAUCCACUAGCCUCUGCCCAGCAACUCCUAUCCCUACCUCCACGCGGUACCGGCCGGAAACUAUGAGCAACCUUAGGGAAGAUCGGGUAACCAACCCCGGUGGGAACUUUGGUCGUAGGCUGACAGGGAAUGGGGGGUUUGCUUCGGCAAACCUGAGCGUCUGUUCUCCAGGAGGAGCGGCUCACAACAGCGUCUGAUCCCCAUGUUAGGGGCGGCUGAUCUACGUCCGAGUGCCAGGGAAGGACUCUGAGCUCAACUGUGCACUAUGGUCCUCUGGAAAGUAGGGGGUUGGUGUCAGGCCCUACGAGCAAGCCGUAAAAAACCAUUGUAACGGAAAAUCAGCAACAGAAUAAUACGAACCGAGACCAACGGCAACGACCCUAGCGAACAAAAAGGACUUGCGAUUGGAAACUCGGUACGUGGAACUGCCGAUCUAUCAACUUCAUUGGGAGCACCCGCAUACUCGCCGAUCUACUGAAGGACCGCGGGUUCGGCAUCGUAGCGCUGCAGGAGGUGUGUUGGACAGGAUCCAUGGUGCGAACGUUUAGAGGUAAUCAUACCAUCUACCUGAGCCGCGGCAACACACGCGAGCUGGGAACAGCUUUCAUCGUGAUGGGUGAUAUGCAGUGGCGCGUGAUCGGUUGGUGGCCGAUUGACGAAAGAAUGUGCAGGUUGAGGAUCAAGGGCCGAUUCUUCAACUUCAGCAUAAUAAACGUGCACAGCCCACACUCCGGAAGUACUGAUGAUGACAAGGGCGCAUUUUACGCGCAGCUCGAACGCAAGUACGACCGCUGCCCAAGCCACGACUUCAAGAUCAUCAUAGGAGAUUUGAGCGCUCAGGUAGGCCAGGAGGAGGAAUUCAGACCGACGAUUGGUAAGUUUAGCGCCCACCAGCAAACGAACGAAAACGGCCUACGACUCAUUGAUUUCGCCGCCUCCAAAAAUAUGGCCAUACGUAGCACCUUUUUCCAACACAGCCUCCCUUAUCGUUACACCUGGAGAUCACCACAGCAGACGGAAUCUCAAAUCGACCACGUUCUGAUUGACGGACGGCACUUCUCCGACAUUAUCGAUGUCAGGACCUAUCGUGGCGCCAACAUCGACUCCGACCACUAUCUGGUGAUGGUCAAACUGCGCCCAAAACUCUCCGUCAUCAACAAUGUACGGUACCGGUGACCGCCACGGUACAACCUAGAGCGACUGAAGCAACCGGAUGUCGCCUCAGCAUACGCGCAGAAUCUCGAAGCCGCGUUGCCAGACGAGGGCGAGCUCGAUGAGGCCCCUCUAGAGGACUGCUGGAGUACAGUGAAAGCAGCCAUCAACGACGCAGCCGAGAGCACCAUCGGGUACGUGGAACGGAAUCGGCGGAACGAAUGGUUCAACGAAGAGUGCAGAACGGUUUUGGAGGAGAAGAACGCAGCGAGGGCGGUAAUGCUGCAGCAAGGGACUCGACAGAACGUGGAACGUUACAAACAGAAGCGGAAACAGCAGACCCGCCUCUUUCGGGAGAAAAAGCGCCGCCUGGAAGAAGCGGAGUGUGAAGAAAUGGAACUGCUAUGCCGUUCCCAAGAAACACGGAAGUUCUAUCAGAAACUCAACGUAUCCCGCAACGGCUUCGUGCCGCGAGCCGAAAUAUGCAGGGAUAAAGACGGAGGCCUCUUGACGGACGGGCGUGAGGUGAUCGAAAGGUGGAAGCAGCACUUCGAUCAGCACCUGAACGGCGUGGAGAACGUAGGCACGGGGGCCCACGGCAACGGAAGGAACGACGACGCCAGUGCAGCGGAGGUCGGAAAUGAACCAACUCCCACGCUGAGGGAAGUUAAGGAUGUCAUUCAUAAGCUCAAAACCAACAAAGGAGCUGGUAAGGAUGGUAUCGCAGCUGAACUCAUCAAGAUGGGCCCAGAAAAGUUGGCCACCUGUCUGCAUCGGCUGAUAGUCAGGAUCUGGGAAACCGAACAGCUACCGGAGGAGUGGAAGGAAGGGGUAAUCUGCCCCAUUCACAAGAAAGGCGACCAUUUGGAAUGUGAGAACUUCAGGGCGAUCACUAUUUUGAAUGCUGCCUACAAAGUCCCAGAUCAUCUUCCGUCGUCUGUCACCUAAAACAAAUAAGUUCGUGGGAAGUUAUCAAGCUGGGUUCAUCGACGGCCGGUCGACAACGGACCAGGUCUUUACCGUACGGCAAAUCCUCCAGAAAUGUCGUGAAUACCAGGUUCCAACGCACCACCUGUUCAUCGACUUCAAAGCGGCAUACGAUAGUAUCGACCGCGCAGAGCUAUGGAGAAUCAUUGACGAAAACGGCUUUCCUGGGAAGCUGACUAGACUGAUUAAAGCAACGAUGGACGGUGUGCAAAACUGCGUAAGGGUUUCGGGUGAACUAUCCAGUUCAUUCGUAUCUCGCCGGGGACUGCGACAAGGUGACGGACUCUCAUGUCUACUCUUCAAAAUCGCGCUGGAAGGUGUGAUGUGACGAGCCGGGCUCAACAGCCGGGGAACGAUUCUCACAAAAUCCGGUCAAUUUGUGUGCUUUGCGGACGGCAUGGACAUUAUCGCUAGAACAUUUGGAACGGUGGCAGAACUGUUCACCCGCCUGAAACGCGAAGCAGCAAAGGUCGGACUGGUGGUGAAUGCCUCAAAAACAAAGUACAUGCUGGUAGGCGGAACCGAACACGACCGGAUCCGUCUGGGUAGUAAUGUUACGAUAGACCGGGAUACUUUCGAGGUGGUGGAGGAAUUCGUCUACCUCGGAUCCUUACUGACGGCUGACAACAACGUGAGCCGUGAAAUUCGGAGGCGCAUCAUCAGCGGAAGUCGGGCCUACUACGGGCUCCAGAAGAAACUGCGGUCGAAAAAGAUUCACCCACGCACCAAAUGCACCAUGUACAAAACGCUAAUAAGACCGGUGAUCCUCUACGGGCACGAGACAUGGACCAUGCUCGAGGAGGACCUACAAGCAGUCGGUGUUUUCGAGCGACGCGUGCUAAGAACGAUCUUCGGCGGUGUGCAGGAGAACGGUGUGUGGCGGAGAAGGAUGAACCACGAGCUCGCUGCACUUUACGGCGAACCCAGCAUCCAGAAGGUGGCCAAAGCCGGAAGGAUACGGUGGGCAGGGCAUGUUGCAAGAAUGCCGGACAACAACCCUGCAAAGCUGGUGUUUGCAACGGAUCCGGUUAGCACAAGAUGGCGUGGAGCGCGGAGAGCACGAUGGGCGGACCAGGUGGAGCGUGACUUGGCGAGCAUUGGGCGCGACCGAGGAUGGAGAGCGGCAGCCACAUACCGCGUAUUGUGGCGUACUAUUGUUGAUUAUGUCUUGUCUUAAUGAUGUUGAACAAAUAAAUGUAUGUAUGUACUCUCCUGUGCCUGAGCAAUCACAUUUAUCCAAGGGGGAGUCGCUCAGCACAUCUUUACUUGCGCCAAUUAUUUUCAGUGUGCCACCGGGUAUUGAAUUGUGCCUCAGUGUGCCCCGAAGUGCAACUGCUUGAUGAUUCAGAUUUUGCUUGGCAACUACCAAGACAACCAACUGUUUGUUUCCAUUUUACAGGUCAAAUGCACAUGGUUGCCUAGUUUUUUCACCCAAACUCAAGUGUCAAAAUUGUGCCUCAGAGUGCCUCGGUGUGCCACACAGCGUAUAAGACGGUGUUCUUGGCACCUCUUGGCACAAUGAUCCAAGCGACUAGCCCCUUGCAUUUAUCUCAUGCUUUUUUUUCUUUUCGCGAUGGAUUUGAUUUUUGAUUACUCUUGCUUUUCUGUAUAUCGCUCACUAUUCUACCGGGUCCCCGACACCAACAUCCAUUUUGGCAACGUUUUUUCGUCCUUUACCCUCUGGCAUUCACCGUCGAAGCACCCGUUGUCUUUGAGCAGUGCCUAUCACCUCCCCUGUCUUAGCUUCUGAUGAUAGUCAGUUACCGUACCGCUACCGCUGGAUGUUGAGACGCAUCGUUCGCUGGUUCAUAGAGCCCAACGCGAAUGAUAACCGAGCUCGAAUCCCACUAACUACGAGCUAGUGAACUGAAUCAAUACAAGUUCUAACAUCAAUGACAUCCGAGAAGUGCCGGCCGUCUACCAGCACAUGGAUGCAAACUUCGGCGUUUGGAUGUCUUCAGGUGUGCGCUCUGAACCAAGGGAAAAUGAAGUGUCGAAUAACUGCAAAUAAUGCUUCAUCAUUUAUGGAUGGUCUCUAUAUGGAAUGUCAGAAUUGUUUUAAACGAGUUUUAAGGCGCAUCAGGGAUUAUUAGGGUCUUGCAGGGGGGAUUCGCAGGGGUUUUCGAGGAUUCAGGGGAUUUUCAGAAGGGUUUCAAGGCGGCUUAAUGCAUUUCAUGGUAUCUGGUGACAUCAGGGUCAUAUGCUCUGGAACUCCCCGGAAACCCCUUGACAACCCCUGAAACGCUCCUGCAAUCCCCUAAUAGCGCAUAUAAAUCCUGGUACGCUUCUCAAACCUCCUGAAACUCCAUGAAAUCUCGUGAGACUUCCAGGCACACUCCUGGGAACGCUCUUGAAUCUCCCUGAGAUCCACUGAAACGCCCUAAAACGCAUUGAUAUACCAUGGAACGACCAUGAAACCCCUUCUGGAACUUCUGGAACAUCCCUGCAACGCCCCUGAGACUCCCUGAAACCUUCUGAGCACUUCUGAUAGUAAAAUUCCAGGAAUGCUCCUGAAACGUUCUGAAACACCUUUAAAGGCGGUUAAAACUCGUUUAAAACAAUUCUGACACUCCACAUAGAGACCAUCCAUAAAUGAUGAAGCAUUAUUUGCAGUUAUUCGAUACUCCAGGAGAAAUUUCAGGCAGAAAUUCCAUCGGAAUUUUUUUCAGGAAUUCCUCUAAAGAUUCCUCCAGGAAUACCUCCAGAGAUUCCUUCAGGAAAUUCUCCAGAGAUUCUUCCUAAAACUCCUCCUGGGAUUCUACCAAAGAUUCCUCCAGGAUCAUCCAUCAGGAAUUCCUUCAGAGAUUUCUCCAGGAAUUCUACCAGGGGUUCCUCCAGAAAUUUCUCAGGAAUUCCUCCAGAGAUUUCUCCAGGAACCUCCAUGGGUUCUUCAAGAAAUUUACUAGAAUUCCUCAGGGAUUCCUGCAGGAGUUCCUCCAGAGGUUCCUCCAGGAACCUCCAUUGGUUCCUCCAGGAACCUCCAUUGGUUCCUCAAGGAAUGCCUCCAGGGAUUCCUCCAGAGAUUCCUGCAGGAAUUUCUUCAUGACUUCUUCCAGAGAUUCCUCCUGGAAUACCUCCAGAGAUUCCUCCUGGAAUACCUCCAGAGAUUCCUCCAGGAAUACCUCCAGAGUUUACUUCAAGAAAUCCUCCAGAAAUUCUCCCAAAAAUUCCUCCUGGAAUUCUUCUAGGGAUUCCUUCAGGAAUUUCUCAGGAAUUCCUCCAGGGGUGACUCCAGCGAUUUCUUCAGGAACCUUCACUGGUUCUUCAAGGAAUUUAUCUUGGAAUCCCUCAGGGAUUCCUCCAGGAGUUCCUCCAGAGAUUCCUCCAGGAACCUUCAUUGGUUUCUCAAAGAAUUCCUCCAGGGAUUGCUGCAGGAAUUUCUUCGGAAAUUCCUCCAGAGAUUCCUCCUAGAAUACCUCCAGAGAUUCUUUCGGGAAAUCCUCCAGAGAUUCUCCUAAAAAUUCCUCCAGAGAUUCCUCAAGAAAAAUCCAACAGAAAUUCCUCCAGAGAUUUCUCCAAGAAUUGCUCCAGGGAUCCCUCCGCUCCAGGAAUUCCACAGAGAUUCCCCCAGAAGUUCUUCCAGAGAUUUCUCCAGGAACUUCCAUUGGUUCUUCAAGGAAUUCUUCCUGAAAUUCCUGAGGGAUUUCUCCAGGAGUUCCUCCAGAGAUAUCUUCAGGAACCUGUAUUGGUUUCCCAAAGAAUUCCUGCAGGAAUUUCAGGAGAUUCCUUCAGAAAAUCCUCCAGAGAUUCUUCCGAAUAUUCCUCCUGGGAUUCUUCCAGACAUUUCUCGAGGAACAUCCACCAAAAUUCCUCCAGAGAUUUCUCCAGGAAUUUUUGCACGGUUUCCUUCAGGAACUCCUCAGGGAUUCUUCCAGGAAUUCCUCAGGGAAUCCUCCAGAGAUUUCUCCAGGAACCUUCAUUAAUUCUUCAUAGAAUUCAUCCUUGAAUUCAUCGGGGAUUUCUCCAGGAAUCUCCGUAGGUCCCUCAAGGAAUUUCUGCAGGAUUUCCUGCAGCCAGUCCUCCAGAGAUUUUUUAAAAUGUUCAUCCUGUGAUCCUUCCUGAGAUCCCUUUAGGAGCAUCCACCAGGAAUUUCUCCAUAGAUUUCUCCAGGAAUUCCUCCAAGGGUUCCUCAGGGAUUCCUCUAUGGAUUCCUCCGUGGAUUUCUCCAGGAAUUCUUCCAGGAAUUUCUCCAGGAAUUCUUCAGGAAUUUUUUCAGGAACUCCUUCAGAGAUUCUUCCAGGAAUACCUCCAGAGAUUCCUUCGGGAAAGCCUCCAGAGAAUCUUCCAAAAAUUCCUCCUGGGAUUUUUCCAGAGAUUCCUCCAGGAACAUACACCAGGAAUUCCUCCUGAGAUAUUUCCAGGAGCUCUUCCAGGGAUUUCUUCACGAACAUCCUUUGGUCUUUAAGGAAUUCCUCCAGAAAUUCCUCGUGGAAUUCCUCAGGAAUUCCUCCAGGAACCUGCAUUGACUCUUCAGAAUCCACCAGGGAUUCUUCCAGAAAUUCCUCAGGGAUUUCUCCAGGAGUUCCAUCAGUGCUUUCUUCAGGAACCUCCAUUGGUUUUUCAAGCAAUUCUUACAAUGUUUCCUCAAGAAGUUCCCCCAGAAAUUCCACAAGAAAUUCUCCAGAGAUUUCUCGAGGAUUUAAUCCAGGGAUUCUUCAAGGAAUUCUUCCAGGAAUUCCUUCAGGGAUUUCUCCAGAGAUGAUUGUCUAUGUUAAAAUAUAGGCAAAAAUAUGAGUUUAUAAAGACUUGAAUACACAUAAUAAAACAGUUAGCUGAAUAAAAAGCUCACAAAUAAGGUAAGGGACAUCCCUUAUCAAAAAAGCAAUGGAACUCAGAACAAAAACAUUGAUUUCUUAUGAUAGCGGCAGUCCUUGAUCUUAUUCAAACAACAAGGUUUUUCAAUGUGGGAGAUACUGAUUGUCCAAAUUGUGAUGAAAAAUCCACAACACAACAACACAACGACAGUAGCCAGUACGUAUCCAUCUCUAGAACAGCUCAGUGGAACCAUGAGCAUCACCCGAGACGCACCGUGGAAAGCUUUUUGGAAGCCCCUGAUCUCCUCAACGCAGUCCUGCCAAAUGCUGCCAACGAUCAUCACAGUCGUCUCGGUCCUGCAGUUGAGGAACGUGACGGGGUCUUCUAAGAAGCUUGCGUAGGCAAGUAUAAUGUGGACUCGAUUGUCGAAGAACGUACUCUGUGUGAGGUUUCCUCCCCCAUCUACAGAUCAGCAACUAGUCAGCAUCCAUCACCGGAACGCACAAUUUCAACCAGCAUUGUGGAAGCCCCUAGUCUCCCCAUCACAGUCGAGCUGUCGCAGCCAGCGCACAACAGUCUUUCCGGCCCUGUGUAUGGUGUAGAUGACGGGGUCUUCCAAACACCGAUUGAAGGCAAGUACGAUCAGCUUUGGGCAUCAAACCUGCCUGAAAUAAGUUCGCUUUCUAGUUUCGAUGCAAUCUCGUCCGACCGACUACUACCGAGCUUGGUCGACAACGUUGAACCGACACAACGGGUUGAUGGGACACACAUUCCUGAGCCUCAAGCCUACGUCAUCGAGUCUACGAUCAACUGUCGCAGCGCAGAUGCUUGUGUUCCACCGCUAUCAUCGCUCGGCCCUGACUCCUCUGGAGAAUUUUCCCUACCAGCUCCUUUUGUCAGUAACACGUCCCCUACGCACUACUCGCCAGCUGGUCUCCGAGUUUUUUACCAAAAUGUACGGGGUUUAAGGACGAAAAUCGACGAUUUCUUCGUAGCUGUUGCAGAUACUGACUACGACGUGGUAGUACUUACCGAAACGUGGCUAGACGACCGGAUCUUCUCUGCUCAAUUGUUUGGUAGCCGGUUUACCGUAUUCCGGAAUGACCGCAACCCGUCAAAUAGCAAUAAACUACGAGGCGGUGGAGUGUUGAUUGCGGUUUGUAAGCGCUUUAGCUGUUUCCUUGACUCGGCUCUUGUAAGCGCCUCGGUUGAGCAACUAUGGGUUAAAAUCAAGCUAUCUGGUCGAAGUGUAAGCAUUGGUGCCUUGUAUUUACCGCCAGAUCGUAAAACUGACAUGGUAUACGUUGACAACCACAUCAACUCCAUUGGUGAUGUGUUGUCUAGACUGGACAACAAUGACUUGGCUCUUCUCUGUGGCCAUUACAACCAAUCUGGCUUAGUGUGGAUCGUGCAGGUAAACGAAGUACCAUGCAUCGACGUACUCCGUUCUAGUAUGCCAGUAUCAACAUGCACUCUUUUGGAUGGUUUAGACUUCCACGGCUUGGUCCAGAUCAACACAGUUUUGAAUCGCAAUUCGCGGAUGCUUGACUUGCUGCUGGUGAAUGAUGCUGCUCUCUCUGACUGUUCUGUAUCCGAAGCGCUGGUGCCCUUGGUCAAUCUUGAUGCUGAUCAUCCCGCUUUAGAAAUAGCGAUCAAUAUCUCUGUUCCCAUUCUCUACGAAAAUAUUGAAGAUGCGCUGGCUCUGGACUUCUCCAGAGCGGAUUUUGAUUCCAUAACGCAAGCACUCACGCAAGUUGACUGGAAUUUUCUCGACACGUGUUCUUGUGUUAAUGAGGCUGUUGACGAAUUUACUCAUACUAUGAGUCAGAUAAUUGCAGUUCAUGUUCCUCAAAGACGUCCAGCUCCCAAGCCAGUAUGGGGUAAUGGACAUUUGCAAAAGUUGAAACGGUUAAGGUCCAAAGCACUUCGGAAAUAUAGUGUAAAUAAGAAUGCAUUCACCAAACGCGCCUUUGCCCUGGCAAGAAAUGAUUAUCGCAGCUACAAUCGUUAUCUCUACAAACGCUACACAAGACGCAUGCAGUAUAGGCUCCAUCGCAAUCCUAAGGCAUUCUGGUCGUUCGUGAAAACCAAGAAAAAUGAGGAAGGUCUUCCUGCCGAAAUUUUUCUGGGUGAGAGACGUGCUCAUUCUGCACUCGACAAGAGUAACUUGCUGGCAGACCGCUUUAAGCAAGUAUUCAACGACACCACCGCCACUACUGAUCAAGUUGAUCUGGCACUCAGCAAUACACCUAGCAAUGUCUUCGCGUUCAACGUCUUCACUAUUACUCCAGAGAUGGUUGAUUUGGCUCUCAACAAGUUGAAGCAUUCUAAUGUUGGAGGACCAGAUAAUAUCCCACCAUGUAUCCUGAAGAAGUGCACUGCUGAGCUCAUCUUGCCAUUAGUAAAACUGUAUAAUCUAUCCUUGCUUCAGCGCACAUUUCCGGACCGGUGGAAAUCUUCUUUCAUGUUUCCAGUUUUCAAGAAAGGUGACAAUCGUCUACGAUGCUUUCUUUGUUCACUGCAAAAACUACAUAUCACCGGACCAGCACGGCUUCUACCCGAAAAGGUCGAUCUCGACGAACCUUGCUCCUUUCAUCUCUCUUUGUCUACGCAAUAUUGAAUCGGGAGCGCAAGUGGACACCAUCUACACCGACCUGAAGGCUGCAUUUGACCGUGUGGAUCACUCCAUAUUACUAGGAAAGCUUGAAAAACUUGGGGUUUCAUCGAGCUUGGUGCAGUAGUAUAAAUCAUACUUGACAAAUCGCAAACUCUGUGUCAGAUUAGGAUCAGCUCAUUCCGACUGCUUUAAUAACAGCUCGGGUAUUCCUCAAGGUAGUAACUUGGGACCACUUCUCUUCUCAAUUUUCCUGAACGAUGUGGGAUUCGUGCUUCCAAGUGGAUGCCGCACAUUCUUCGCAGACGACGUAAAGAUUUUCGUAGUAGUACGAUGCCUUCUAGAUUGUUUGCAGCUGCAGGAAUUUAUUAAUGAUUUCAGUGAAUGGUGCAGUAGAAACUUCGUCACACUCAGCGUGCACAAAUGCAACUCCAUUAGUUUCCAUCGUAGGCAAAAACCAAUAUUGUUUGAUUAUACGACCAACAAUGUGCCACUUCAGCACGUGGAAGUUACUCGGGAUCUCGGAAUAUUAUUGGACUCCGCUCUAUCCUUUAGGCCCCAUUACUGUGACAUAGUUACGCGAGCGAGCAGGCAACUAGGUUUCAUAUUCAAGAUUGCCGACGAAUUUCGUGACCCACUUUGCCUAAAAGCACUGUACUGCUCUCUGGUUCGCUCUAUGUUAGAGUUUGGAUCGAUCAUCUGGUGCCCGUACCAAAGAGUUUGGAUAUCUCGAUUGGAGUCGAUCCAGAAGAAAUUUGUACGGUAUGCCCUGCGCCAUCUGCCUUGGAACGAUCCCAACAACCUCCCGCCUUAUGAGCACCGUUGUCAGCUGCUGGGUAUAGACACGCUGGAACACAGGAGGUCGAUCGCUCAAGCAGUAUUUGUAGCUAAAGUUCUGGUUGGUGAAAUUGAUUCUCCUGGAAUUCUUGCCGACCUACAAUUAUAUGCUCCAGAGAGACCCCUUCGUACUAGGAACAAUCUGUUUCUCCCAGCUCGCGCAACGAAUUAUGCACUACAUGACCCUGUACGGUAUAUGUCGUCACGCUUUAAUGAGUACUACGUAGUGUUCGAUUUUAACUGCUCUACUCUAAGCUUCCGACAUCGGAUUGAACGGCUGCUGCAUGAGGAGAAUAGACGUCAGCGUUGAUUAUGAUAGUUCGUAAGAUAUUCUUAGUAUUUUAAUUAUUUGACUAUUGUUAUUGUGCUUGUGUAUUGUGAUUACUUAUGGUAGGAUUUUGUUCCUGUUAAUGUCAAUGUUAGGAGUUUUUUUAUUAUUUUUAUUUUUAUUACUUUUUCAUUAAGACAUAUUGUCAGAUGAAACAUAUAAAUAAACAUAAACAUAAACAUAAACAUUAUUUUUAUGAAUUCGGCUUAGGACAUCAUAAACCAUGGUAGAUCAUAAAGUUGAUUUAUGAACAAGCAAAACACAGGGCAGAAAUCAUUUCUUUGAACUCUUCGAAACUUUUCAAAUUGAAGAAUUAUAACAUUUCACAGCUUACAUUUUAGUUUCACAGCUUACAUUUUAGAACUGAUGUAUAUUCCUUUGAUGGUGCAUCUGCAGUUUUAUCUAAAGACCAACAUAGGUUUUUCAGCCAUUUAUCAUUUGAUUACAGGUAUAUUCAGUCAAAUGUAUUUCAACCAUCAUUGUUUGAGUCGCCAUAGAAGUGGUCAUUUGCAUGGAAGGGUUAGGAUUCCGGAAUAUUCCAAGACGCAAUGCAGUUUGAUAUGUCGCAUGCUGGGAUUCAGAAGAGACAUAAAAGUGGGCAUUUUCACGGAAGCACCAGGCUCCCGAAACACCCCGGAACGUUUCCAACGUGGCCAAAAAUCAGCGAAAUGACUUCAUUCGAUCUUGUUUUUCAAAAUUAUAAAGAUUGAUAUGUUGCAUGCUGAAAUUUAGAAGAACCAGGUUCCCGCAACAUCUUGGAACGUGACCAACGUGGUCAAAAACCCAAAAUAUGACUACCUUCGACCUUGUAUUGCAAAAUCACGAAGAUUGAUAUGUCGCAUGCUGAAUUUUGGAAACCCAACGCAAGUGUGCUUUUGCCUGGCCGAAAACAUACCCCAGUACGUCCUGGAAUAACUCCGGAACGUAAUGGUCAAUGAUCAUAAUCGGUCCAGAAUUAACGAAGUUUUGAUUUUUCCAGUCCGGAGCUGAAUAUGCAAAUCGUACGUUCAGAUUAUAAGGGUUAAACCCCCUGAAAUCCUAUAGGCCACCCAUGAAGCGCCCUGAGUCCCCCUGGUGCACCCCUAGAAUGCCUAUGAAACCUCCUUUCCUUGGGGCACUCCUGGAAUGUCCCAUGGAUCCCCCAGGAUCCCCAAUAAUCAUAGGGUAUCGAUAUCCCCAGGAGUGCUCCUGAAACUCGCUGGAACAACUUUGAAUCCCCCCAAAACCUUAAAAGGAAUGCCCAUUAAACCCCCAGGAACACCUCCGGAACGUCCUUAAACUCUUCGAAGACCCCUGGAACGCGACAAUCAAUUGACUGCUCUUUUCGGUUAUACCAGUCGACCAAUAUGUCUGAAAUAGACGUAUGACCCUAAAGCAUUGGAAGGCAAUGUGCAUUUCAUUGACAAAUUGAGAGGUAAAUGGUGUAAAUGGGAUUCGAACCCAUGACUCCGACCGCUGGUCAGGAGAUUUAACCAACUAAACCACAGAACAAUAGUUACGGUUCUGUGGAAUAUAAAGUCAAACUAGAUUUAGAGCACGACCCUAACCGGGUCUGAUUUUCACAACUUUACAUCGAGCGAGAACUACUUGAAUUCGAAGUAAAUUAUGCAACAAAUAGCAACAUUAAAAAAAAUGCUACAUUUCAUGUAAGAUAGCCAAUGAAAAAUUGAAUGCAAGACAGCUGUACCAAUUACACGUACAUUUUUCAACCUUUCAGGACGCGCGCCGUUGUUAAAAGUACAACACCAUCAAAAAACCUCGCUCAUCGUAUGCGGCACGAGCGCGGUGCAGUUGGAGGAUCAAACAGGCGCGCGUCCUGAAAAGUUACCCGAGCAAAGUCCAACAACAAAAUUACAGCAAAUCGAAAACACGAUUUGUAUUCAGUAACACAUCGAUAUCACAUUUUUGAUAUCAAUUUAUCUUUACUUAAUUUAAUUAAUUUUUGUUUUGUUUAGAGAGACUUUACCGUUCUCGUCAUUCGUCUCUUAUUUCAAGUUUUGUUUUCGGUUUGCUGUUAUUUUUAAUUAAUGUAAAUAUUUUGCACAAGAAUAGUUUUAAAUCUUUUAGUUAACUAUCUAAAUUAAGUCCAGGGAUAAAUCAUUAGUGCAAUUAUGUAUAAUUGCAUUUGUGAAUUGAUAUCAACCGAAAAAUUCUACAUAUACAGCCAUUCCAUAGAAAAACAGUAUAGUGCAUCUCCGAUUGUCGUGAAACUUGGUGGGCUUGUAGUUCUUCGAAAAUAAUUAGAACCGUAUUUUUUUUAUUUCGUCAAUAGGGUGACCAAUUUUCAUAUAGGGUGGUCCAAAAAAUCAAGGUUUUUCAAAACUAAAAAUUUUCAAAAAAUCGUAACUUUUGAACCAUUUGACCGAUUUUAAACUUCUUUUUUUUUGUUUGAAAGCUAUUGAAUUGUAAUUUUCAGGAAAAAUACGUUGAAGGAACUAAAAUGUAAAGAGUACUAUAAAAUAUGCUAAUAUAUUAGUUUUUUCAUGUUUUCAUAGUCUUGAGACCAAAGAAGUACCCUGGUUUUAUAUUUUUAUCAGAAAAUUCAGGAAAUUUGGCGUAACAUAUCAAAAAAUCAGAGAUGUAUGUUUUUUAGUUUUUGAGAUAUGAUUUUAUGAUAUGAUAUGAAAUCGGUCAAAUGGUUCAAGAGUUACGAUUUUUUGAAAAUUUUUAGUUUUGAAAAACCUUGAUUUUUUGGACCACCCUAUAUGAAAAUUGGUCACCCUAAUGACGAAAUAAAAAAAAAUACGGGUCGAAUUAUUUCCGAAGAACUACAAGCCCACCAAGUUUCACGACAAUCGGAGAUGCACUAUAUCGUUUUUCUAUGGAAUGGCUGUAUAAUGAUUUUUCAUUUUUAUUGCGCUGAUAACAAAAACAGUUAUCAAUUUGCUAUCAUCGAUAGCAGAAAGGGGGCAUCCAUUUAGUACGUCACGUGAAAUUUGGGAAUUUUCGACCCCCCUCCCCCCUUCGUACGGGGUUUUCGUAUACUUAAUACAUUGCUUGUCACACUUUCUGAAACCCCCCCUCCCCCCUAUAAGCGUGACGUACUUUAUGGAUGCCCCCAAAUUGUUUUCAAUUUGCUGUCACAGGAUCAUUUUUCUUCUCUCAUUUUUGAUGAUUUUAACCGUUAAAACGACCAAAACGACAACAACCCGAGGUAUCAAAAUUUGCAAUAUCACAACAUCAAAAUUAGUUUUCAAUUUGCUAUCAGAUUUUGCUCGGGUAACGCCUGUGCUAUAACAUUAUCAAUAUUGUGAAAGAAGCAAUCCGGCUUCGGUAUUUUAGAUCAAUCAAUCUCCAACUCGAUUACCAGCAUAUAAGCAUUGAAUUAGUACUCCGUUACUGGUAUCUGUCCAUCCAAUUCCCACUGGUACUUCCGGUAAGCGUAGCUAGACCAUUUCAGCCGAAAGUGACGAUAAAUUGCUGCUGUGAAUACUUUGAAUGGAAAAUCAAUCGUACAGAAAUAGCUCCCCCUCAGCCAGGCCAAGUGUUCCGUUCAGGUUAUACCCAGUGUUAUGUGUUAUCGAUUUAUUUUCAUUUGUUUGUCGAUUUACCAUGGACCAUUUCGCGCUAUAUUUUAUGUUGCCCUUGCUUGUUUGCCUCAUUUCCAUUCGUUGCGUAAGGUGUGUCGAUUUUUUUUGGGAGAGAGUAAAACGGCCGGUUGAUAGUUUACAGAACGAGUUAGUAUAAAUAGGUACAAGCUUGUAAUUAUAUUAUGCACUACUUGCAUGAAUUUCGAAAACUCAAAUCAACUGAAACGAACGUUCUCGUUGCCCUAUGAAGACUACAGAAUGUAAAUUCCUCAUCAGGACCCUUGGCACACGUGGAUGAAAGAUUGACUGAAUCAAGCACCUGAUGUAAUUAACAGUCAUCGAAACCCAGCAUGCAUCUACCGUGACAAAAACGUGAUCCUGACAUCAAUCUCUACUGUGACGUCAACGGUUGUCGUCUGUCGUCACGUCAUCAUCACCACUUCCGCUCAUCUGUCAGCACCCCGAGGGUGGAUGUUCAGUGUUUAUGCUCAAUCAAACCAAUUCAAUAUAUUGAUUUGAUUGAACAUAGAUUGCGAUUUACUUCGCGCACCGUGUCAUAGCUGUUGGCUGUUUCGUUAUUGCCAUUCAUUGCUUCUCAGUUCCACCCAUCCAUUAAUCCUCCUCUGUAUUUACAGAUCUGUACUGUAAUUUCAUUUCAUGUCCUCAAUGCUUGGCUGCCUCGUAGUCGUUGUUGUGUCUGAGAAAAUGAGAAUCUUUGAAUCGUGUUAUGCUGAUUGUUUAUGGGAAACUACAGAUUUUGUGUUUCGAUUCUUAUUUUGGAGGGGGAUUUUUUUUUAUCUUUUUCAACACUAUGCCUCAAAUCACUAAAUCCUAAAAAAAAGAAGAGUAUGAUUUCAACAGUUUUAUUAUUAUCAUUAUUAUAAGUUAGAAAUUCCAAGUUCCCAGUGGUGGGCACCGUUAACCAAAAAUUAGUCGAUUAAACGUUAACGUUAACGCUUCAAAUUUAACGCGUUAACUUUAAAUCGUUAAUGCUCCAUAGAAAUUUCACGCUCGUUACGGUAACCGUUAGCUUUAAAAUUCAAUUGAUGAAAAAAAAUGCCUGAACUUAUUUUUUUGUUUUGUUUUGAAUGUGGCGAUAUAAAGAUACUCGUGUUCUUAACUAACUUCUAUCGUCCUUAAUUUUAUACACAACCAUUUUUCUAAAAUUCAAACAUUUUUUCCACUAGGCCAGAUUAUUUCCUGAUUAAGGCUCAAAUGAGAAUCGCAUAUUCUCCAAACUGAAAAAAAAAAACACUUUUCUCCAGAAUGACGAAAGAGCGAACAAAACCACCGUGUCCGAUUCUCAUAAUUGACUAAAUAAACAAUCGGACAUUCUUAUUUUCUUCAACUUGUGGAUCAUCUUAAGAAAAUGUGCUUUUUAAGUUCUGGAACAUUUGCCAUUCUCAAUUGAGCCUUAAGCAUACUAUUUUAUUGCCACUCCAUUGUAUUCCAAUGCAACAAAACAAACCACAACAAAUGAUGAGACCUCUUUCAAAAAAUUAACGAUUGGUUUAACUUGCGCCAGGUUUAACGGCGUAAACGUUAAUAAUAAUUUUCAAAAAAGUAACUUAAACGUUAAAUCACAUUGAUUUGAAAAAUAAAAACAUUUGGAAAGCACAUAAUAAAGUCCUCAAAAAAAUCUGCCGAGGAACUAUGCGAAUCCUAUCAGGAAAACCAGGAAUUCGGCACCAACUGUAUUUUGAAACCUAAACCCCUUUUACAGUCUAAGCUCUCUGGAGGCUGUUCGGUCAAUGAAACCGAUGAAGCACUCAGCGUACUUCCUGAAAGGAAUACGCCAAGUCUUGAGUGCUUUGUACAAACGCUCAUACAUCAUCACCAUAGCUUGAGUCCCUUCACAUUGCUCAAUUCCGGGCAAUGAAGAAGCGGACUCUCUGGCUAAGGUGGGCGCUAGUAAAGGCGAUAUUUAUGAGCGUCAAAUCGCUUUCGACGAAUUUUUUGCAUUGGCCCGUCAGGAGACCUUGAGCAGCUAGCAACACAAAUGGAGAGAUGGAGAGAUGGGUAGAUGGUUGCACUCCAUCAUUCCACAGGUGUCGAAGAAGCCAUGGUUCAAAGGGCAACCACUAUUUGUUGAACGCACAUACCUUCCGUAUUGGGCUCUCAGAAAGCAAUCUCUGGCUUACCAAGAUAGCGUACAUGUCGUAUGGGGAUGCGAUGAGUAUCGUGAGGUCAAAUCUGAGCUGCAUGAAAUUCUCUGGGUCCGAGGAAAACAACAGAAACCCGUUAGAGAAGUGUUGGCAGGACUUGAUUUGGAAUACAUGAAUUCUAUUUAUCAGUUUUUGAAACGUGUUGACCUCAGAGUUUGAUGUAGUACGUUGCUUGUUUUCGUCGUCGCCCCUGUCUAUCGCUGUCCCCUUCCGUUUGUCCUCUUCUUGUCGUCGUCUACCGUAAAUCACUUUUCUUGGGUUCCGUUACAGAACAGGACAUUUUGUCCCGUCAAUGUUUUUUUGGUAUCAAAAAAUGAACUGGAAAAUUUUUUCACUGUUGAGAGAGAAAAACCGGAAGCCCAAACUCGUGGAAAAUUUUCAAAAAAAUCUUUUUGAGUUGGUAACUUCAUAAGCCAGAUACCUUUCAUUAAUUAAUUCAUUCGGUGAUACCUAUAGGAAUUCCUUUGGAACUUUUUCUGAGAAUUUUUUGGGCAGCUUCAAUAAAAAUUCCUUUUGAAAUUCUUGGAAGUUUUUUUAGGAAUUCUUUCGAUUAUUUAUAUUUCUCAUUGGAAAUUGCCUCGGUAAUUGCGAGAUACUUUUGAUUAUUCUUUUGGAAAUAACUCUUGUGUAUUUCUGGGACAAUUCCUUCAGCAAUUGCAAUUGAGAAUUUCUAAGCUUUUAAAAAAAUUGCCUAGUAGAUUUCAAAAGAAUGGACUAAGGAAUACAUUAAUAAUAUUCCGAAUAAAUUGUGGAAAAAUUUGAAAGAAAUUUCCGAAUGUUUUCCACUGAAAUUGCCUAAGAAAUUUACAAAGAAAUUUCAGCAUGAAUAUAUAAAUUGAAUUACUAAAGCGAAAUAGAAAAAAUUGCCGAAGCAGUUUUUGGAAAUAUUAAAACAAUGAAAUACAAUGGGAUUAUAAAAGAAAUUUCAACAAAAUUGCUGAAGAAAUUCUCAAAGUGUAACAAUAAGAUUUGCUGUAAAAGUUUGCAGUAGAAUUACAAAAAAUAAAAUCCGUUGGAUUGUUUUUUGAAGAAAUUGCAAAAAAUAAGGAAUAACCGAAAAAAUCAAUUAAAUUGACGAACUAAUUUUAAAGGAUUUACCAAGUUCUUCGGAAUGGAUUUUUUUUCAAGAACUUAUUAAGGUACUGCUGAAAGAAUUAUCAAAAUAAUCGUUUGAGAAAUUUCCAAGGGAUAACUAAAAGGAUCAAUUAACUAAAGAAAAAACUUCUGGGAAAAGUUCCAAACACAUUACGCAAACAUUUUACAAAAAUAUCAUAGGAAUUCGUAAUGGCUGAAAUAAUAAAUUAUUGGAGCUAGUUUUUCUGGCUCUUGUCGCUAAAAGUGCCACAGCUUUAAGGCUAUGACCAUUGCAUAUUCCAUUAAAUUUUCUGAUGAUUUCUUUCAAUUUUAUUCAGGAAGGUUGUCGAAAUCGAUCAAGAUUCGCUUCAAUUCAACAGAAUUAUGUUUUCGAUGUUACCAUGGUCCCGAAUUACAACUAAAAAAUGUUUUUUGUUGGCAACCACCUUGAGAUCGCCAGGCUCGCACGAUACCACUCUGCCAUCGAGCCUGUUGGUGUGAAGAAACAAAACGCACAUAAGAAGCGUUGGCGGGUCGAUGAUUACGUUUUGCCAUGGUAAAUUUGAAAACAUUUUUAUGGUGGUUAUUACCGCAAGCCGUCUUUCAGUGUAAAUUGAAAAAAAUCAAAUAUAAUAGAUUUAUCCACUGAUGAACCGAAUUCAUCGCAGUCCGAGAAUGUUGUCUAGUGUCAACGAGACCACUUCCAAUCAGAAUUGAACAAUUUCCAAUUAGAAUAGAACAAUUCUGAUUAGGAAUGGCCCCGCUUUAGUGUCAAAAUUCUCGGACCUCGAUGAAUUCGGUUAAUCGGUGGAUAAGUCCAUAAAGUACAUACACUGAAAGACUACUUGUGGUUAAACUCACUAGGGUUCUGAGGGUCAAUUUAAAUACACAACGCUACUAAAUUUGUGCAGCCUGAGUUUUGUUUCAUUUUAACAGAUUUAUGCUUUCAAUUCAACUAUGGAGCCGAUCUACAAUUAAGAAAAAUGUCUGUCAACAACCGGAUUCAAACCAAGAACCUUGAGAUCACCAGGCUCGCACGCUACCACUCAGAUAUCGAAUCGAUUGAUAUGAGAGGAAACAAAAUGCACACUAGAAGCGUGUGUUGGUCGAUGAUCACAUUUUGCCAUGGUAAAUUUGAAAACAUUUUCAUGCUGGUCAUUACCGCAAGCCGUCUCUCAGUGUUGGCUCCAACUUGUGACGUAGCUGAGGGGGCCAAGCUCUUCAAAAUUAGACAUUAUUCAACUGUUUUCUGCUCAAUGUACUAGUUUUCCCGUGAGUAAGAUAAAUAAGAUAAUCUGCGUCGAUAUUUACUAAAUUUCAUUGAUUUUGAGAGGUUUUGCACCUCCCCCAUGCCCAAAUACGUCACAAGUUGGCGCGUAUGAAAUAUAUUAGAGUGCCAAUGAAAAUCGAAUUUUCGAAUUUCAAAAACAUAUAAAAAAUAUAAAGUGCAAGCAGUUACCAAAGAAGAUAUAAGACAUGUUCCAGUACUAUUGCCAUGAAUAUUUCAGCAACUAAAUUCAAAUCUUCCAUUUCAAAUUCAUUUCACUCUCCCAACUCAAAGAUUUUUUACCCGAAAAGUAAUUUUUUUCAAUUUUUUUUUUUUUUUGAGAUUACACCAGAUCUUAACAUUUCAUGCACUUUUAAGGCAUUUGGCAUAAAAAAAAUCGAUUUCGAAAUUUUCAUGAAUCUCAUGGAUAUUUUUCGUGUUUCAAAACAGUCAAACUUUGACCGCUUUGGUCAAACACUUAGCGAAGUCCGAUUGAGCUGAAAUUUUGCAUGGGAACUUUUUUUGAGAAGACGGAACUUUUGAUCAACACCCGCUUUUGCAAUUCGAUACACACACUUCAGUUAACGACCACAUCUCGAUGUGGACAGACGUUCUGUUCAUUCGCUCGCUCGUUUUUGUGCUCGCGGUUAUUGUUGGUAUGUAUAACAAUAGAAACACUCGAUCGAAAUGUCGGGUGUAUCGGAAAAAACACAUUGGCUUUUCUUUUUCUUGGUGAUGUCACCGUUCCACUAUUUACACCAUGUCUUUAAAAAUGUUUGAGGUGGGGAUUUUCUGAAAGUCCUCCUCAAAAAGCAAGAAAAAUGCAUUUUGUUAAUCAAUUUGAUGAACCCCCCGUUAGUUAGAGUCACAACCAUUUUUGCGGACCCCUCGAUUUUGAUCAAUUGUUGGCUCAUUUGAACCGUUAUAACUCAAAAGUUUCACCAAAAACCACCUAAUAACAAAAUGUUGUUCAAAAGAGGAAUGAUAGAGCUACUAUUUAAGUUAUAAAAACAUGGGUCGGCCAUAUUGAUUUUGGCCGCCAUCUUGGAUUUUUAUACCGAAACUGUUUUUUCAUCAUGUUGGCAACAACCGAUUUUCAAAAUUUUUGCGUCAAUCGAAAGCAGGGACAUUUUUACACAACAUAUCAAACAUUUAGAGAUGUAUCUUUUUCCUAUCAAAAGUUAUCUGCACUUUUGUUAAUCAUGACACGUUUUCUUCAUACAUUUCCAUGCUCACCGGCAACGACACCCAACAGCAUCAGAGGAUACGCCUGCAUGUUGUAUACGCAACGGCACCUGCAGCCUAAUUAGGGAAAAUUGGAGGUCCGUUUUUAACUGUUUUUCAAUAAUGCGGGCAUUGCUUUUUAAACUUUUUUGGUGUUUUGAAAAGCUAAAACUUUCUCCUUUUCAUUAGUGGAUUCAGUUUUUAUACAAAUGUUCGUAAACACUGUGAAAUAACGCUGCAUUUAUGUAAACAAUCGGCACCUGGCCCAGUGCGCUAAAGUGUCAUGAUUAACAAAAGUGCAGAUAACUUUUGAUAGAAAAAAGAUACAUCUCUAAAUUUUUGAUAUGUUGUGUAAAACUGUCCCCGCUUUCGAUUGACGCAAAAAUUUUGAAAAUCGGUUGUUGCCAAAAUGAUGAAAAAACAGUUUCGGUAUAAAAAUCCAAGAUGACGGCCAAAAUCAAUAUGGCCGACCCAACUUUUUAUAAACGUAAAUAGUAGCCCUAUCUUUCCUCUUUUCAACAACAUUUUGUUAUUAGGUGGUUUUUGGUGAAACUUUUGAGUUAUAACGGUUUAAAUGAGCCAACAAUUGAUCAAAAUCGAGGGGUCCGCAAAAAUGGUUGUGACUCUAACUAACGGGGGGUCCAUCAAAUUGAUUAACAAAAUGCAUUUUUCUUAAAUUUUUGAGGAGGACUUUCAGAAAAUCACCAUUUUAAACAUGUUUAAGGACAUGGUGUAAAUAGUGGGACGGUCUCAGCGAGAGUUACGCAUUUGAAGAAAGGUUGGCCAGUAGUGCGAGAACGACAGUGCGCGAAAGUGCAGAAGCAGCCGACGGACGGCAGUGCUUGAAACUGCAUAUCUAUCUGGUUGCGGACAACCAGACACAUAAAAAGAAGAAUAAUCUCAAGUCGUCGUUGAGCAAAAGCGAUGAUAGUAGCUUGGUUAUUGUUCCCGAUGCUUCUCCCAACAAGUGUGGGAUGCGAAUUCCAACUUACGAAUGAAUUUCGGAUGAAAAAGAACGACAAUCGACAAUCGAAGAGGAUAAGCAGAGGAUCGCCAUCGUAACCAAUACCCCGGUGGAUGAAAUAGGUUUUUAUCAUGAUUAGUUUUUUAUUUUAGGUAUGUUUUUAUUAUAUUUUUGUAUAACAAAAAUCGAAGAAUCGGCUCCGUGAAGUGUUACACAUGCCUGAGCUUGUUUGGUAGACUAGUAAAAAAAAAUACACACACUUCUGAAUUGCUGAAAUUAGAACAACAGAACUACUUUAGCAGUUUUGAUGAUCGAUUUGACUGAUGUUUAGUCAUGUGUUCAGUACAACAAGUCUCAUAAAUGUGUGAAAAAUGUAAACAAUUAGUUUUUGCUGACCUAGUUUGUUUUCCAGCUAUUCCAAUUCCGCCAAAAAGUUGUCGAACCUGGAAAUCAAAAUUAAGUACGUUAAGCUUGCAUUUGUUCUUUAAACUGAUAAAAUGUUUACAACUUUUUUGAUUAAUUUUUAAACUUGCUAACAUGCUUGCUAAAUUACACAUUGAGUUCCACAAAACUCAUUGAGGAGCCCCUUGGUUCGCCGUCGAGAGCAUAAAUAAAACUAUUAGCUUCAGAUGCAAUAUCUAAGAAAACGUCUUCCCGCUAAAAGUUAAACAUUUUCUGACCAAUUUGCUUCCUUCGUCUCAUAAGGGGUUCUGUCGGUUUUGGUUGGAAAAGUUUUGAAGCCGAUUUUGAGCCCAACAAGUUUAUAGCCUUUAUGUAGCUUUAAUAUAUUCAUAGCGGUAAAGGCAUGACCAUAUUGUGGGUGAUGGGUCCGAUCGCCGGACAGUUCAGAAACUUUUCAUAAUAUAAAUUUCCUUGAGUUCCUUGGGCAUACUGUAUCUUCGUACCUGGUACCCUGGUUGUGGAGCUUGGAAAUAUUGUGGACAAGCGGGUGCCCCCCAGGAAGUAACUGGUGUUUACCUUUUGACUUUCGCCAAGUGAUCACGCGACGACCGUUUGCACGCCUACUAGAUUACUUGAUGUGCAUUUGGCAGACCAUGUGCUACCCGCGUUCAAUGGAAGGCUAGUCGAACAAUAAUGCAGAUUCAAUACCACACAUCCUCCCUUUUCUCAGGAAUGAAUGUUGUAACAGAAAUUUUCAAGCACAGAUGCUACAUCUUUUUCAAUUUCUUUUCGUUCGUUUUAAACAUCAGCCUUUGCCGCAGUUGUUCAUGUUUUGAUGUUGUGGCUGUCUUAUUCAAUUUGUAUUAGCAGAAUCGAUAAUCUAUGAGCACUGAGCGAUAAUAUUGUCGCACCGCCACUUAACCGGACAUCGCACAACUGAGUCACGACACCACCCUCUUCGAGAUAUUUUUUUUUUGACAUGGUGGAAGUUGUGCGCAGCCUUCGCAUUUUAUUCAGCAACACGGAUCGUUUAUCACGAUGAACUUGCAAAGCUUAGGUGCUAAACAAAUAUUAAAUUUUGCUAUUUACGACUACAUACCAAACCAAAAUGUGCAAUACGAGUCUCACAGUUCUUCCCUCAGACAUAUCUUCUGCAUGUAUUAUUCUUAAACUGCAGCAUCUUCUACAAAUGCCAUUCCGUCUAUUUCCUUCAGCCAGAUUUUAAUGGAACAACUAUUAUACAACAAACAAAAAUGUAGAAGUUUCAACGUCAGACCAUAUGAUUCACCAUGAGAAAGAAAUUCUUACUGUAAUAUGGAUGCGGUCAUCCAGACAUGCUGUGAACUGUUUUUUUUUUUUUACUGUCGCCAUGAGACAGAAUUCCUUACAAAAGAAAAGGUGUGGUCAUCUGGACGCGCUGUGGACUAUUUUAAUGAGACAGAGUUUCUUAUAAACAUAAGGGCGCGGUCAUCCGGACGCGCUGUGAACUGUUUUUACUGUCGCCAUGAGACAGAGUUUCUUACAAAAGUAAGAGUGCGGUCAUCCGGACGCGCUGUGAACUGUUUUUACUGUCGCCAUGAGACAGAGUUUCUUACAAAAGUAAGAGUGCGGUCAUCCGGGCGCGCUGUGGACUGUUUUUACUGUCGCCAUGAGACAGAGUCUCACAGUUCUUCCCUCAGACAUAUCUUCUGCAUGUAUUAUUCUUAAACUGCAGCAUCUUCUACAAAUGCCAUUCCGUCUAUUUCCUUCAGCCAGAUUUUAAUGGAACAACUAUUAUACAACAAACAAAAAUGUAGAAGUUUCAACGUCAGACCAUAUGAUUCACCAUGAGAAAGAAAUUCUUACUGUAAUAUGGAUGCGGUCAUCCAGACAUGCUGUGAACUGUUUUUUUUUUUACUGUCGCCAUGAGACAGAAUUCCUUACAAAAGAAAAGGUGUGGUCAUCUGGACGCGCUGUGGACUAUUUUAAUGAGACAGAGUUUCUUAUAAACAUAAGGGCGCGGUCAUCCGGACGCGCUGUGAACUGUUUUUACUGUCGCCAUGAGACAGAGUUUCUUACAAAAGUAAGAGUGCGGUCAUCCGGACGCGCUGUGAACUGUUUUUACUGUCGCCAUGAGACAGAGUUUCUUACAAAAGUAAGAGUGCGGUCAUCCGGGCGCGCUGUGGACUGUUUUUACUGUCGCCAUGAGACAGAGUUUCUUACAAAAAGAAGGGUGCGGUCAUCCGGACGCGCUGUGAACUGUUUUUACUGUCGCCAUGAGACAGAGUUUCUUACAAAAGUAAGAGUGCGGUCAUCCGGACGCGCUGUGGACUGUUUUUACAGUCGCCAUAAGACAGAGUUUCUUACAAAAGUAAGGGUGCGAUUAUCCGGACGCGCUGUGAACUGUUUUUACUGUCGCCAUGAGACAGUAUUUCUUACAAAAGUAAGAGUGCGGUCAUCCGGACGCGCUGUGGACUGUUUUUACUGUCGCCAUGAGACAGAGUUUCUUACAAAAAGAAGGGUGCGGUCAUCCGGACGCGCUGUGAACUGUUUUUACUGUCGCCAUGAGACAGAGUUUCUUACAAAAGUAAGAGUGCGGUCAUCCGGACGCGCUGUGGACUGUUUUUACUGUCGCCAUAAGACAGAAUUUCUUACAAAAAGAAGGGUGCGGUCAUCCGGACACGCUGUGGACUGUUUUUACUGUCGCCAUGAGACAGAGUUUCUUACAAAAGUAACGGUGCGGUCACCCGGACGCGCUGUGAACUGUUUUUACUGUCGCCAUGAGACAGAGUUUCUUACAAAAGUAAGAGUGCGGUCAUCCGGACGCGCUGUGGACUGUUUUUACUGUCGCCAUAAGACAGAAUUUCUUACAAAAAGAAGGGUGCGGUCAUCCGGACACGCUGUGAACUGUUUUUACUGUCGCCAUGAGACAGAGUUUCUUACGAAAGUAAGAUUGCGGUCAUCCGGACGCGCUGUGAACUGUUUUUACUGUCGCCAUGAGACAGAGUUUCUUACAAAAGUAAGAGUGCGGUCAUCCGGGCGCGCUGUGGACUGUUUUUACUGUCGCCAUGAGACAGAGUUUCUUACAAAAAGAAGGGUGCGGUCAUCCGAACGCGCUGUGAACUGUUUUUACUGUCGCCAUGAGACAGAGUUUCUUACAAAAGUAAGAGUGCGGUCAUCCGGACGCGCUGUGGACUGUUUUUACAGUCGCCAUAAGACAGAGUUUCUUACAAAAGUAAGGGUGCGAUCAUCCGGACGCGCUGUGAACUGUUUUUACUGUCGCCAUGAGACAGUAUUUCUUACAAAAGUAAGAGUGCGGUCAUCCGGACGCGCUGUGGACUGUUUUUACUGUCGCCAUGAGACAGAGUUUCUUACAAAAAGAAGGGUGCGGUCAUCCGGACGCGCUGUGAACUGUUUUUACUGUCGCCAUGAGACAGAGUUUCUUACAAAAGUAAGAGUGCGGUCAUCCGGACGCGCUGUGGACUGUUUUUACUGUCGCCAUAAGACAGAAUUUCUUACAAAAAGAAGGGUGCGGUCAUCCGGACACGCUGUGGACUGUUUUUAUUGUCGCCAUGAGACAGAGUUUCUUACAAAAGUAACGGUGCGGUCACCCGGACGCGCUGUGAACUGUUUUUACUGUCGCCAUGAGACAGAGUUUCUUACAAAAGUAAGAGUGCGGUCAUCCGGACGCGCUGUGGACUGUUUUUACUGUCGCCAUAAGACAGAAUUUCUUACAAAAAGAAGGGUGCGGUCAUCCGGACACGCUGUGGACUGUUUUUACUGUCGCCAUGAGACAGAGUUUCUUACAAAAGUAACGGUGCGGUCACCCGGACGCGCUGUGAACUGUUUUUACUGUCGCCAUGAGACAGAGUUUCUUACAAAAGUAAGAGUGCGGUCAUCCGGACGCGCUGUGGACUGUUUUUACUGUCGCCAUAAGACAGAAUUUCUUACAAAAAGAAGGGUGCGGUCAUCCGGACACGCUGUGAACUGUUUUUACUGUCGCCAUGAGACAGAGUUUCUUACGAAAGUAAGAUUGCGGUCAUCCGGACGCGCUGUGGACUGUUUUUACUGUCGCCAUGAGACAGAGUUUCUUACAAGAGUAAGAGUGCGGUCAUCCGGACGCGCUGUGGACUGUUUUUACUGUCGCCAUAAGACAGAAUUUCUUACAAAAAGAAGGAUGCGGUCAUCCGGACACGCUGUGGACUGUUUUAACUGUCGCCAUGAGACAGAGUUUCUUACAAAAGUAAGGGUGCGGUCAUCCGGACGCGCUGUGAACUGUUUUUACAAAAGCUUAUUUUAAAACUACCUGUUAUGCUGAUUUCGCAUUACUAAACAUGGUCACACAACUAAGACUGCCAUUAAUUGUUUAAUUAUGAAAUUGAGCUGAAAACCCGCUACUCGUCUUACGUUGAAAUAAAUACAUCGCGAUAUACUGAUAUGCACAAUGUACAUUGCAGUUGCCUCUACCUAACUACAAACAUUUCAACUUCAUACCAACUUUCCAACUUCCCGGGCAUUAUUCAGAAGCAAUAUGAAAUAAAUUUAUGAUGAAAACAAUCAUACUCGUGAACAACUGAAGAGUAGCGCGGUACUAGUAAAAUAACACUCAGCUAAGCACUCAGCUGACAUUAAUGUUUCGAUGUGUAGGUGUUUUUUACUUGCAAGAUACGUUAUGAUAAAACCUUUUCCAUUACUGCCUGAUUGUUUAUCAGAUUCUAGUUUUUUUUUGUGGGUUUUGAAAAUCCACUUCGACAGCAUGAGCAGCAUAGUCAAAUAGUCAAAAAUAUAUCCACAUUUAGUAUACUGAUUUUCAGCUGUUUAUUCAUACUUAAAAAUAGCAUACUAUUGCAGCUGCUGCACUCUGCUCACCAAAAAUAUCGAAUAAAGACACAGUUUGAUAAGUAGGCUCAGUGUACCAGUUAUGGCUAUAGUACCUCAAAUUCGCCAUAGUUGAUUUUCAACGUUUAAAGAUACAAAUCACCAAGAAAAAAAUCGUGAACAACAGAUCACGAUCACAAAAGAUGAUUGCAAUUAUUCAAACUUCAUAAUUUGCUCAAGUUAUGGUAGAAAUAAAUCAUUUUCCUUAACUUUUCAGCCUCCUUGCACCCUAUUUCGCCAUAGUGUACCAGUUAUGGCAAAUCCCAUAAGGAAUGCAUGUAAAUAGUGCGAAGUGGAACCCAAAUUAACAAAUGUGUCCAUAACUGGUACAGGGUUCCUAUCAUUGGCACACGCCGUAAUAAAUACUAAAAGAAGUUUUUGCUCCGUUUUUAUAUUUUUCCUGUAUAGUAUGAAAACUAAUCAAUCAUUUGACUUAUUGUUUACAUUCGUCAGUCUUCUUUUUAUUUUUGUAGAAAUAGUGUUUCUUAGGUGGUGCGAUAACUGGUACAGGCACCCUAUGUAAAUAAAACCGCUUUUAUAAACUCAUACACCGUAUUGCUGGCCCUGCAGUAAAUAUCAAAUAAACAGGGAAUCUCCCAAAGUUGGUGACACUACAAUAACUCCCAUAAAUAGUUUUAAUUUGUUUUUUUUUAUGUCGUGUUCACUCGUACAGUCAUGUUUAAUUAUUGCAAAUCUUUUAUCCUUAAACCAAUUUCUAUUAUGUUCAUCUCGACAGGACAACAGACGCAACGUAAGUCGUACAUUUUUUUUGUCGUAAAUCGUAUAACACGCUUGUACAUGGUUACAGAACUGUUUCAACUAAUAAGCACAUCAAAUUGUUGUCAUGGAAAAACACAGAAAUGCGUAAUACUACAAUUUCGAAUGAAACUCUCUUUGCGUAAAACAUACAUGCAGGACCAUCUCUUAAGAAAAAAAAAAUCGCAAAAUCUCAGAUUUUCAAAUCUGUUGCUUAAGAACUCAUGUAAACGAUAUUUUUUUUGCAUCGAAAUCAUGCAUGAGGUGAAAGUUUUGCUUGCUCUUUGUCAAGUUUUUUUUUCUUUUUUCUACUGUCUUUUGGCACGGCUAAGACCUAUGCACAUCCAUCUCGUUACUUUCGAUGUUUUUAAUAACAAAAAUGUUGGUUACAAAAUUUUUUGACGAUUAUCUCAAACCAGAACAUAUUGUUCGAUUUAGCACCGCCCAGUAAAGGUAUGAAUCAUUUUCACGCCACAAAGCUUGUGAGCGAUCUAGGAUGGUAAUAGUAUUUUACAUUGAUAAGCGCACCUACCAUGUAGUGAUUUUAGGCAGGAUAAGCAUUGCUAAAUUGACCACGCUACGGGACCCAAAAGUAAAUAAAUCAAACACACUUUAUAUAAUAUUUCAACCGACAAUAAAACAUUCGUUUAAGCAGAGCAAUCUUUAGACAAUUAACUAAACUCACCACUGCCUAGGCCGUUUGCUCUAGGCAUCCGAUCUUCCGGAACAUUUCCAUUUUCCCACUCUCUUUUUUCACAAUCACGCCAGGAAAACUAAACCACACUAAAACAAUCGAGCACUGCCAUCCGGGUCUGCACCCGCUUGCCAUCAUCCAGAAGAUUCACUAUUCUCCUGGCAGGAUCGCCAAAUGUGGAGCUUGGAAAUAUUGUGGACAAGCGGGUGCCCCCCAGGAAGUAACUGGUGUUUACCUUUUGACGUUCGCCAAGUGAUCACGCGACGACCGUUUGCACGCCUACUAGAUUACUUGAUGUGCAUUUGGCAGACCAUGUGCUACCCGCGUUCAAUGGAAGGCUAGUCGAACAAUAAUGCAGAUUCAAUACCACACACUGGUGUAUCACACAUGCAAAAGGCCUUGACAUAGAAAGUCCUCAGCAAACAACUGUAGUAUCCCUCAUAGAACACUAAGUUAAGAAACAGGCUUGUCCCUGUUGAGACGUGAUCUCAAGAAGAAAAAAAAAAAAGAAGGUUGCAGAAAGCUUCCCAUAACGAAUAGAACGAAACUACCGAAACUACCGAGUUCCACAGUGGACCUGGCCGUUUUGAUACUUCCCAGACAACCAGGAAUCGCAUAAGAAUGCACGCUGUAUAUCGUAUAAAGUACUAUUUUAUGUCAGUAUCGCAUAUAUGUACAGCGGAUGGACAAUAUUCAUCGCAUACAAUGAUAUUUUUUGAACUUAUUACGACGUAUCAGGUAAAGUCAUAUAAGAAUACAAAUCAACUUUUAUUUGGUAUGAGCACAUCGUAGUAGAUGACAUUCUGAUGUUUUAAUACGAUGAACUUUAAUUAUUCGCAAAAGCGUGCGAGUAAACCCGCAAAGCGUCAAAUAAAUUCGCAUAAUUACGUACUGCGAUGAUUAUACGAUUUCGCUUGGUACUUUUCUUGUUGUGUCUGUUUAACUCGCAUUGGUGUUUGGAUGAAAUUGCAUAAAAUUACAAAUAAACUCGUUAAAGUGUGCAUACAAACUCGCAUAAGCUAGAAGUGUUUAUGUUCACAUUACGCGAUUUUAUAUGUGAUAACAAUGAAAGAGUUGCUGUUGGACUGUGGAUGCAGUGCCAAAAUGCUACAAGAUGGUGAACAGUCGUAAUUGUGGUUACAAAGCCAUCAUUAUUUGUUUUGUUGGCUUGAUAAUCAACAAUGGGAGGUGCUUGCCAGAGAGGUGUAGUGAAAACUGUGCGGGGAAUAGUGCCUCGUCAUUUUACACUACUCCAGAUAGUCUGCCAAGCACACACAGCGCAGGUGAACCAAGAGCAUUCCAACAAACACUAAGGGGAGUUAAAAUAUCAUGAUAAUUAAUCAGCUUCUUUUAUAAGUAGCGUUUGGUGUUAAGUAUGAAGUGGGGCUCAACAAUCCAAAGGUCAUUAGUUCGAUAUCGAGCUGACAAGAAUUGUUUUUUUUUUCGAAUAUCAUUAAGUCGCAUAAGAUGCAGAGUAACGUCGCAAUAGUGCUUACGGUGCAUCGCAUAAGAUAUCGCUUCAAGUCGUCGUAGAGCGUUAUUAUUUUUCCGUCAAUGUACGUAUAGCGCCUCCACUUUUGUACGCAUAAGGCAUUUUUAUUGCAUCUUAUGCGAUGUAACUUUAACGCAUAAAAGUACGUAUAACAUGAACAUAAACUUCAUUAUAUGUACGUAUAAAUUGGUUGUCUGGGUUGUAUCAUAUCAUCGCUGAUAUGCUGUGAAUAUUAAUAUUGACAAGAAAAUACCAGAAGAAGUUUUGAUAAUUCCAGGAUGCUUUUCAAUACUGGCUGUGCAAGCACUAGAAUAGAAUAAAUAAACCCCCCGUAAUUUGGAUAUCCUCUGAAUUAGAGAGCCCAACGUGGAUCGCUUCCUAUUCCAAUAGCUAUUUCACUUCUGAUGGGCAGGGAUGGGAACACUCACUUGCAAGGAGUUACACUCACUUGCUGUUUUCUCAGAUUAGAAGCGUGAAAUCAAGAAAUGAUGUAUGGACGACUUUUGCUUUUUGGUUUUGUCUAACAGUUUGCCGAAUAGAGUAAGGGUUGCACACGUACACCAAAGUCGUGACAGAGUUGUGAAAGCGACUCUCCAGGAGGUGAGUGUAAUUAACAUUCACCUUGUGGAGAGUUGCCUUUGCAGCUCUCUCACGAUUCAGAUAUACUUGUGCGACUUUUUAUGUAUUCGGCAAACUUUUAGACAAAACCACAAAGCAGAAGACGUCCAUACGUCGUUUCUUGACUGCAUGCAUCUGAGCUGAGAAAACAGCAAGUGAGUGUAACUCUUUGCAGCUGAGUGUUCCCAUCCUUGCUGAUGGGUAUAGUACGGUAGUAUAUUACGGAAAGCUGUUUAACAUCUUUUUCGGGACAAUAUUUGCCUGAAAAGUACGUCGUUUUAAUGAUUUUUGAAAUGGUUCAAAUUAAGAUUACAAUUUGACUAGUUCAAAGUUUCAUUUCUUACCCUAUUUGAAUGUCGUAACCAGACCGGAUUUAUCUUCCUUUAGAGAAAAUUCAGUGUAUGGUCGAGUGCCUGAGAUUUGAGAUGUGAUGACCAAACAUGUGACACAAUGUCAUUGAAGCGUACGUCACGUUACCAGAUUACGGCAAUAAAGCAGUUGUCUGGAUUGCAUAACACUCAUACUUUCUGCCACAUGCAGAACAUGACAUGAAUUCCAUCAAAACUAGAUAGUCUGUUGCAACUGAAGAGAUGUUAUCAAUCGAUUUUGUGCUAAUGCUUAUGCGGGACAAGCAGGACUAGAAGGUAGAUGUAGGGUUGUGGUGCCUGCAAGCAGUGUUGGGAAUACUCACUUGCGAAAAGUUAUAAUCACUUGCUUCUAUCUCAGUUCAGAAGCAUGCUAUCAAAAAAUGAUAUUUGAAGGGCUUUUAGAUUGUAGUUUAAUCUAAAAGUUUGCCGAAUAAAGUAAAGGUCGCAGACGUAUACCAAAUC